CCCGGCCUUUCUGUGCUCGUUACUGCUCGCUCUCGCUCUCCCCUUCCGCCUCUUUUAGUGCUGCGCUGCCGAUGCGGUGCCCAGCGAGCCAGGCACGGAGGAGGCGCGUGCUCUGCUCCACUCCACCGCCCCCCCCCCCCCCCCCCUGCGCCACUGACGCCGCUCGUUCGCGCAGUUUUGGUCUUCUGGCCAGCAGGGCAGGGGGGGAACCCGCGGGAGCGAGGCGCGCGAGCGAGCGAGCGGAGGGAGGAGGAGGAUGAUGCACGCCAAGUCGGAGUCGGACGUGACGAGCCUGGCGGCGUCGUCGCCGCCGCGGUCGCCGAAGCGGGGCGUUGCCGCGGCCGGCACCGGCGGCGGCGGCGGCGGCUACUACGUGCAGAGCCCGUCGCGGGAGUCGCACGACGGCGGCGGCGGCGGGUACAAGUCGUCGUCGAUGCAGGCCACGCCGGUGUACAACAACAGCCCCAGCGAGUCGCCGUCGCACCCCUCCUACGGCCGCCACUCCCGCUCCUCCUCCGUCAGCCGCUUCUCCGGCGGCCUCCGCGGGGGCGGCGGCGGCGGGCGCAAGGUGCUCAACGACAAGGGCUGGCCCGAGUGCAGCGUCAUCGAGGAGGAAGGGCCCUACGAGGGCCUCGGCGCCGGGGACAGCGGCCUCUCCCGCCGCUGCCAGAUCGUGCUCGGCUUCCUCACCUUCGUCCUCCUCUUCACCGUCUUCUGCCUCGUCAUCUGGGGCGCCGCCCGCCCGUACGAGCCCGAGGUCGUCGUCAAGAGCCUGGUGAUGGACGACUUCUACGCUGGUGAAGGCACAGACCACAGCGGCGUUCCGACCAAAUUGGUCACGACGAACUGUUCGCUGCACGUAUCGGUGUACAACCCUGCCACAAUGUUUGGGAUCCAUGUCACCUCCGGCCCCAUCCGUCUGAUCUAUUCAGAGAUCUCAAUAGCAGUCGGCCAGGUCCGCAGGUACUACCAGCCGAGGAAGAGCCACCGGACGGUGACGGCGGUGAUCCACGGCGAGAAGGUGCCGCUGUACGGCGCCGGGGGCGGCCUGACGCUGUCCACGAGCGCGGGCGGGGGGGCGGUGCCCCUGACGCUGGACUUCGACCUCACCUCCCGGGGCUACGUGAUCGGCAGGCUCGUGCGGGUGACGCACAGGGCGCACGUGACGUGCCCCGUCGUCGUGGACGCCAGGAGGACCAAGCCUGUCAGGUUCUCCAAGAAGGCGUGCGCCGUGUACAAGGCCUGAGCUUGAGAGCUCGUGAAACCUGUGAUCGACCGAGCGUUAGCAAUGCGUGUUCUUGCAAAGAUGUAGCUAUUGUGUUGAUGGUGAAGAACAAUAAGCGCACACGUAUGGUCUUGUCGAUAUAUCGCGCUGUAAAGGCCUGUUGUUCUUGUGUGUGUAUCCCUUUUUCAGGGCAUGAUCGUAGAGAUGGAAGAUGACUUACCAUGACAAUUUUCCUAUACCUUUAUAACUUCAAAUUUUUUUAUUCA